UAAGAAAAUAUCAAUAACAAUUAAUGUUAGUGCGCUGCUUUGGUGACAUUUUAUUAAUUGCUUUGUGUUGGAUUAACAUCAUUUAGACAAGCGGAUGUUUUCCGGUCACGCAAUUGUUCAAAGCUCGCUCUAAAUGACAUAAUAGUCGCUGAACUUUGUUACGAUGUUAUAAAUUGAAAAAUUAGAUCUUUCUGUUUGUGAUUGUGAUGUAGAAAUAUCAGGAACUGAUUUGAUUGCAAACAGCCAGUCGGUAGCAAUUCGCUUAGCGUGAGAGAUGAAUAGCACAGAAUGGACAAAUGGACAACAAAGACAGGAAAUACCAACAUUGAAGGACUUGAAUAGUGAGGAACUAAACAAACUGAUACCAACUGUGAUCUAUUUGUCAAUCAUAUCACUGACUGGAAUUGUUGGAAACAGUUUAGUUAUUCAUAUUUACAGGACUAAAUUCACAUUCUCGAACGUACAGUGUUUCGUCCUAAGUAUGGCGGCGGUAGAUUUGUGUUCUUGCUGUGUGGCAAUCCCACUCGAGAUAGUUACUGUGCUCGACCAAUAUACAUUUGAACUGGAAUGGCUUUGCAAACUGGCGCGAGUUAUAAACGGUGUAUGUACAAAUUCGUCCACAUUCCUGCUAAUUUUCAUAGCAAUAGAUCGGUUCCGGAAGAUAUGGAAACCGUUUGGGUGGCAAAUCAAGGCAGUUGUUGCAAAAUGUCUAUGUUUUUCGUCGGUUAUUCUUGCAAUGUCUAUUUCAUGGCCUGCCAUAAUCGUUUAUGGACAGGAAACAUUUGACAUUCCAGAAUACAAUUUGACCGGAAGUGAAUGUGGAACUGACGAUGAAGUAAAAGAAACGUCAUUUCCGUUUUUAUAUACUGUUGCACUUGCUGUUUUGUUUAUAGCUGGUGUAGUUUUAUUGUUGAUUUUAUACUGUAUGAUAGGACACAAGGUAAGAGGCCAUGUCCACAACUUGAAUGAAGGUCUUGGGAGAAGCCGACCACAAGUGUAUAUUCAAAGGCAAGCGUGCGCAAGGAAAACAACUUUUAUUAUGUUUCUUGUAACGCUGGCGUUCGUUCUCAGUUUCCUCCCACAUCUUAUUGUGAGGGAGUUUAAGAGCAUAUUUGUUGACGGCUCUUCGACUGGAAGUAAAGCUGUGUACAGGAUCCUGACACGGUCCUAUUUCUUGAAUUGUGCAGUCAAUCCAAUUAUAUACAGCAUUUUCGACUCACGUUUCCGACGUGCGUGUAAAAGGAAACAUUCAGGACAUGAUAUAAGAUCGUAUGAUCACUCUGAAAAUCUUCAUACGCCCAAAACGUAACAUGUGUAGUUAAAAAUAUCAUGCCAUCCAUUCUAAAGCUGUUAAAUUCAAACAAAGAUUGUUAGUUUUGCGGCAACAAGUCCCACCAAUUGAAUUUGAUUCAUGAUAUACAGUAAUAACUUUCUUUGUUGUGUCUUUUGCUGACAGUUAGUUCAAUGGAUUAAUUCAAUAAUCGUUUAAAUAUUUGAUUUUUGUUGUGAUUUCACGUCAUAUAUACAGUAAAAGGAAGAUGGACAAAGUCAUGUAAAAAUCGAAUAUGAGAAUGGUUCAAGUACUCUUUCCUCUCACACUGUGUUUUAAUUUCAAAUUCGGGUUGAAAUAGUCAUAUCCUGGUGGUUCGUACACUGCCAUAUUUUUCGUUUGGUAUAUCACCCUUGAAGUUACUAUCACAAGUAUAUUGUUAGUUUUAUUAUUUCA